AUGCCAGAUGAAAGAGACCCUUCAGUGUCUCUGUGCGAGGCCAUCGUGAAUGGCACUUUUCCUCAGUCGGAAGACCUUCUGACCUCCGACCUAUCGUCUGAAGUGCGACUCCUCCAUGAGAUCUCCGAGACCCGACGGAAGAUCAGUGACGAGAUCAAAGCUGCCAGCCAAGAUGACUCGGGAGACGUGGGUCAAUGGAUUCUGCAAGCCAAACAGGUCCAGGAGGACAUUGCAAGAUGCAAGCUGGAAUCUAAACGCAUCGUCGAGGAGCAUCAGCACGUGCAGGCUUUGAGGGACGAAGCUAUCGACUACCAGCGGAAAGCGGAACUUCUCGAAGCAGAGAUUGAGUUCACAGAGACCUUGGGAAGAGAACUGCAGACCAUAUCUUCAGCGACACAGUCUUUGAGAGAGGUUGAGGAUGAUUUGGCUGCGCAAGAUUUUUCCGCAGCCGCCUCAAAGUUGCAGCAACUGGACAAUACUACCUCAAGCAUAUUGAGAUCGCGUACGGCGACCUUGAUUCGAGAUCUGAAGGAUGAGCUGCGUCUCAAGACACGCGUCCAAUUGGAAGCAAAACUAUAUGACCAAAUCACAGUGCGAAGGGAACAACAAAAAGCGAGCAUUGAGGUCCUGCCGACAGAGAUUGAUCCAAGCGCAGUCAACUCUGACACUCUUCUACAAGCUUUGAGCCAACUAGGUGAUCUGCAGGAGUCACUGGAACCCUUGAUAGACAAGCUCAGUGCGGUUGUGCUUCAGCCUCUUCGACAGUCGUCGCGACUGAAAAUGGCCUCUUACAACGUUUCAAAGUUCAGCAUCACUGUUGAAUUUGACAGGAGUGGCGCACCACUCGACGUGAUUUUUCGGUUUGUGCUUGACUUCUUAGACUUCGUGCAUUCCUCGUUGUCCAAGGAGAUACAGCCUAUAAUGGUCAAAGCCAUCCUGCCGCAGUUAAUGACGGUAUUGGUCAAUGACUGGCUCAAUCCUGGUCUCCCCACGGACCUGUCGAUGCUUGAGGGACUUGAUACAAUGCAAGAACAAGUAAUUUCAAUUCUGGGAACAUUGAAGGCCCUUGGUUGGGACGGUCAAGCACAACUUGAGGACUGGGUUGACGACAUCCACCGGGCAUGGUUGAACAAGCGGAAGGCAGCCACCCUAGACGCGAUUCGAAAAGCUUUCGCGUCGUCCAGAGGGGUCCUUCGCCAGGUCGAAAGGGUUGAAAGGCAGGUUAUCUCAACAACGCAGAAAGAGCCCAUUCAGACCCACGAUGACGCGAUUGACUGGAAUGCAAGUUGGGACGAUGAAAGUGGGGAGAAUCCAACGAACCGUGAAGCAGCAAAGACCGAGGACGAUGAGGAGGUGAGCGGAUGGGGCUUUGAGGACGACGAAGAGGAAGCGAAUGGUCGCGAUAAGAAUACUCAAGCAGGCCGGACCAGCGGUGCAGACAAGGACAAGCCUACAGAUAGCAAUGAAGAGCGCCAGGAAGAAGUAGAAGAGGCAGAAGAGGCCUGGGGUUGGGAAGAUGACGGUCCUGUCGAGAAGCGAGACGAUCCGAGAAACAACAUCCAACAGGCUCCCACAAAUCAGACCAAACAUGCCGAGCAGGAAGUUACUUUGACCGAGGUCUACAGCAUCAGCGAGAUCCCCGACCAUAUAGUCGAAAUCAUCGGACGAGACGUCUCAGAUGCGCAAGCUCUCCAGCAAGGAACAGAACACAAGAGUCUCGACGCGACCGCUGCCUCGAGAGGCCUUCUCGCGCUGCCUACAUUAGCACUUGCCAUGUUCCGCGCCAUAGCACCAAGCUACUACGGCGCCUCACCAUCGUUGACGGACCUCCACCGUUACAACGACUCGCUAUACAUCGCCGAGCGGUUGCGCGACAUGUUGCAGUUAAACAACGUGUCUUCGACAAUGCCUACACCACCAAACGUCGAGGCGGACAUCAAGGCAAUGGAGCGGUUUGCGCGACUAGCAUAUUCCAAGGAAAUGGAAACGCAGCGCCUCAUCAUCUGGGACCUGCUCGAAGGCGCACAGGGGUUCGUGUCAAGCACUCAAUUCCCUUAUUCCCAAGAGAUCAAGAACGCAGUGUCGGCCGUCGUCGACCGCAUUCGCACACUGCAUCGCGAGUGGAAGCCGAUCCUGUCGACCUCGGCGCUCAUGCAGAGCAUCGGCUCACUGCUUACCAUGGUCGUCGCCAAAGUCAUCUCCUCCAUCGAGGACAUGGACGACAUCUCCGAGCCCGAGUCGCAGCGCCUGACUGCUUUGUGUCAGCAGAUCUCCUCCCUGGACGACUUGUUUCUCUCCAAUCCGCCGCCGCCGAAAGCUGAUAGUCCAGACAAAUCCGAUUCGGUGCCAAUGACCGCCGUCUACGUCGGCAACUGGCUCCGUUUCCAGUAUCUGAUCAACAUCCUGGAAAGUUCGUUGGUCGACAUCAAAUAUUUGUGGACCCAGGGCGAACUCAGUCUGGAAUUUAGUGAAGACGAGGUGGUCGACUUGAUCAAAGCCCUCUUUGCUGAGAGCGCUCAUCGGAGGAACGCUAUAGCGGCCAUCAAGGGCUCGAGGCGGUCGCAGUAG